AGUGAUCGAUUUGUGCAUGUAGCUAACUGUCAGAAUGAGUAAGCUACCCGAAUCGUCGACCUCUUAAUAGAGGAGAAAGCAAUGGAUUCUAGUCACCAAUAUCCAGCCGAUGAGUACAGAGUAAAUAAAUCAGCUAGAAGUAGACGAAGGGAUAAACAUCAAAAAAAUGGUUUACGAGGAUCUUACGAUUUCGAAAAUAAUGAUUUGUCUGCUAUUUUCGAAAUUGAGGGUCAAACCUACGACGUGGUGCUAACGGAUACUUCAAUAACAUGGUCUAAUGUUGCUGGGUCGGAUAAAGUACCAAAAUUAAAGAAAAAACAAUCGUUUUUUAAGAAGUUAGUAAAUGCUGCUCGACAUAAAGAUGACUAUAGAAGGGAGCCUACAGAUUGUAUCAACCUAGAUGAAAUUUUGGGUGCAGCUAUUCAUCGAAUUAGACGAGCGGGUCAGCCAGAAGGUCAGGGUGUUUGUCAGAUAGCAACGUAUGUUGUAAUAAAUAUAUUAUAUCUACAGGGGAUAGCUUUAUAUUUAUUCGAGUAUAGAGGACAAAAUAAGUGGCGAGAAAGAAUUGUUUAUCUAAACCAUCCAAGUGAAGAGAUGUGUUCAAAAUUCGUAACUAAAAUCCAGAGUGUGAUUCAAGGCAAAACCGAAAGGCCAAAGAAGACAAGAAUAUUCUUGCAACAUUUUUCUGGUAAGAAGAAUGGUAGAACUAUAUUCAAAGAGAAAAUUAGGCCAAUACUCGAUGCCUCUGGAAAUAAGUCAGAAUUGACUGAAAUUCUAAACGACGGAGAUAUCAGCCGAUAUUUCAAACACUUAAACCUUUCAGAAUACGACAGUAUGUUGGUUAUUGGAGGUGAUGGUACAGUUAAUCAGGUGGUAACUGAAUUAAUUUCAAAGACACAAAUAGAAUGCGGUAAAGAAAUGAGGAUUGAUAGGAAUCCGAUUAGAUGCGAAAUACCUUUGGGUGUUAUACCUAUAGGAACCACUAAUCAGGUGGCUAACUCUGUGAUAGGAAUUGAUGACGUCAUAUCAAGUACAAUACAAUUUGUUUUGGGUUAUAAAAGACUCGUUGACGUUAUGUCAGUGUGGAAAGAUGACAGGUUUCUCCAGUGCGCUUUUACAGCUCACUACGGAUUUUUCGGAAUGGUUUGUAAAUAUUUCGCGAGAUUUAGCGUUCUUGGAGAUAAAAAGAUUGAACUAUCUGUUGGUAAAGCAUUAUCACAAAAGAAAUUCAAAGAAUACGAAUGCGAAAUAGAAUAUUUACCGGUUGAACCAGAUCGCCUUCAAGGUCACAGAAAUGAAUACUGCCGGCAGGGUUGUACUCAAUGUAUUGGAGCGUCACCGACAACUCCAAGAACUUCUAGAUAUAGUGACGCUAUUGAGGAAUUAGACCCAUUAAACCAAAGCGGAAAUAGUAGUACAAUAGCUAAUUCCGCUUGUCAAGAUCCAUUUGAUUCGUCAAAUACAAGCGCUAUGUUUAUGACCAUCAUCAUUCCUAUCUCUACAGAUUUAUAUCUAAUGAAUGGUCUUUUAUUUCCCUUAGAUCUUACGGAAAAUGCAGAUGACAAAUGGAAGCAUUUAAAAGGUUCCUUCCUAAACAUAACAUUACUCAGUAUACCAGCUAUGAGUAGAUUAGCACCAUACGGAAUUAAUCAGUUCGGCCAUUUAGGAGAUGGAAUAAUGGAUUUAAUAGUAGUAAAGGGUACGGAUAGAAGGGAAUUUGUAAGAUAUUUAAAGAGGCAUGGUAGUGAAAAGAACGCUUUAACGUUACCUUUCAUUGAUCAUUUUAAAUGUUCGGCGGUAAGGGUUGUUGCCAGGAAUAGGGAGACAUGGAAUCACAAAGAUUAUUCCUAUCACGACGUUCAAUAUAGUAUGGAACAGCAGCAAAGGAUGGCUCAAAGAAAGCAAUCUUUAAGUAAAUCUGUUGACGUCAUAGACGAAAUUGGAGAUAGCGAUGACGACGAUGAUAGCGACUCGGAGGACUAUAGUCGUCCUCCUUCUAGGUCAUCAUCUCGCCGAAGCGUGCAGAGUCGAAAUGAUUCGCAAACUCGCACACAACGUCACUCUGUCACAUCAAAUGGUUGGACAGCCGAAGAAAGACAAAGGAAAAAUGCAAAUGUUGACAUGUUUUCUGCCAAACAAACUUCAAAUAAGACGAAGGAGCGUCGUGGGUCAUUUACUCAAGGAGGCUGGACUAAUGAAGGAUGCGAAAUAAAUGAUGAAAAGGAACCUGCAAGAAUGAGUAGAAGACAAAGUGAAAAAAAGCCACCAUCUAAGAGUUGGAAUGGUAGCUUAGUAAAUAUAUCCGAUAGGAGAAAAUCGGAACAACCUCUUCCAAUUAAUUUACGCCCAACCUUCCAAGAUCAAAAUAGAAGACGAUUAGCAAGAAAAGAAAGAAAAAAGAGUGAAAGACGGAGGUUAAAAGCUGAGAGAAAAGCAAGAGGUCUCUGGGCCCUUGAUAUGACUACAAAGGGUGAAAAUGAUCUAGAAUUUCGAAUUCAUAAUGGUAUUUUAUCAUUGUCUGGCUGCGGAGUUUGCUAUGAAUACGAUCCGGAUGAUGUCGGAUUUGGUUGUUUGGCCCUCUUUUGA